UUUCCGCAUGUAACAAAGUGUAUUCUGUCACUUGUUAUUAACUUCAAAUUAUUUGUCAUCCACUUGCAGAAAGAGCAGUAUUACUCUGAGCAACACUCUUCCCUGAUCAACAAGGCCUACCAGACCCUGCUGAACCCUCUGAGCCGGGGCCUCUAUCUACUGGAGCUGAGUGGAGUGGAGCCAGCACAAGAGACAGACUGUGAUGCAGACUCAGCGUUCCUCAUGGAAAUCAUGGAAAUUAAUGAGAAAUUAGCAGAGUCCAAAAAUGAGGAUAUCAUUGAAGAAAUUGAAACUUUAAUUAAAGUUAAACAAGAAGAACUGACCAGAGAGCUGACUGCAGCUUUCGAAAGAGAUGAUCUUCAAGAAGCUAAGAAGCUUCUAGGAAAAAUGAAAUAUUUUGCAAACUUAGAGGAUAAACUAAAGACCAAGAAGAUCCCUUCCUGAUGCUGCCUCCUUUGGGAUUAAUAGUUAAUGUUAUUUUCAAUUAAACAGUUAUCAAAAUCA